AUGGCGAUGAACGUGGGUUCAGGGACGGUGGUGACCAACUACGCUGGCCCGGGUCCGCUUCUGAACACAAGCAAACACAGGUACGCUUGGAUGCUGUUCGCUCAGUCGUCAAAGUUUGCCACACCCGCAAACCUCUCUGCCGCUGGGACUGCCCCAGGGCAUCGGUAUGAGUCUGAACGAACAAUCGAGGAGAAGCUUUCAUCGGCUAGUCAGAAGAUUGAAGAUCACAUCGAAGAAAGGCUAAGUCCGAUCACUCAGGCUACCAAUCCGUUCAGUCUGCUCACCAAUUGGCCUCAACCAAUCUUCGUGCAGUUAGAGCUGUUUGAUAACCAGACUGUUCUUUUCCAGCUCAUCCUUGCAAUCCAACGGCCAACACAACCGAUUCCGCAAUCCAACGGCCAACACAACCAAUUCCGCAAUCCAACGGCCCACACAACCAAUUCCUCUGGCCAAUUGGGCGCCAUGCCUACCGGUGCCUCUACCUCUACUCAGGCUGCUGCCAAGAGCGACGCCAAUGGUCCUCUCUGGAACGACUGCGCUGCAACCAUAAAGAAUGUUGUCAUGGGCCUUGGCUUCGCCGUCUCUGGUUACAUCCUCAUACAAUAG